CUAAUGUGACGGCCGAGUUAUUUUACUGCUUAAUUGAACAUGGAGAUCACCUACUUAUCUAAAACCUAUUAUGAUUUUUCGCGUUACAAUUAUCAAACUAUCUUGAUUUGAUUUAAGGAGCAUUUUUACUGAAAUUUAAGUUCUUUCAUGGAGGUAUCCUCGUCUACAAACAGCUACUUCUCGUGGGCUUUGGAAUUGUUUGGAAUUUUAUCAUUAUAUUCAUUACUCAUAAUUCCUUUUGUUUUACUGAGUAACUACUUCAGGAACAGAUAUAAAUUGCAUAUGUCCAACAAUACCACGGAUUCUUGUCAUGCCAAGGCAAUGUACAUAUUUUUCAUACCUGACGUGGAAGAUGUUCAAAAUACGGCAGGCCUACCUAUUCCGAUAGUUAUGCCUACAACUGAGCAUCGAGCGAAUACAAAGCUGGCAUUAUGUUUGCAGUGCAUUAGUUCCUAUCUACAUUUAAAUCGUAAUGCAACAUCCCGGAGUUUAAAACAAUACUAUUUAUUAUUAGCAUUUUGCUUUUUGGGUCUUCAAUCAUCCUACUUGUUAUGGGGAGUAUUGCAGGAACGAAUUAUGACCAAAAUGUAUGACAAAGAGAGGUUUCAAAAGUCACAGUAUCUUGUUUUCUGUAAUCGUGCAAUGGCGUUAAUUAUUUUAAUACCUCUACACUUCCUACAUGUAGGGUUACUUGUUAACCCUUGGAAGAGCGGUCGAAAAGCUCCCUUCAUCGAGUUUGCAUAUGCUUCUAUUAGUAAUGUAAUCAGUAGCUGGUGUCAGUAUGAAGCCCUUAUUUAUAUUUCUUUUCCUAGUCAGGUUAUUCUCAAAGCUUGCAAGAUUUUACCUGUGAUGUUUAUGGGUAGAUUUAUUCAAAAAAAAUUGUAUAGUUGGCAAGAGUAUUUUACAGCUGCUAUUAUUUGUUCAGGUAUGGUUAUGUUUUUUUACACUGAUCCUGAACAAUCUCAACUGUCCAAAGAAAAUACUAAUAAUACUCAAAUGCUACUAACAUUUAGUGGAUAUAUAUUGGUCAUUGGCUAUAUUAUUAGUGAUUCCUUCACAUCAAAUUGGCAAGAUUAUAUGUUUCAAACAUAUAAACUCACUUCUUUACAAGUAAUGGCUGGUGUCAAUAUUUGGUCUUCAUUACUCACUUUAAUCUCAUUGAUUGGACAUGGCGAUCUGAUGUCAUGCAUACUAUUUGGAUUUAAUCAUCCUAAGUUUAUUCUUGAUGUUUUAACAUCAUCAUUAUGUUCAGCAUUUGGUCAAUUGUUCAUUUUUCUAACUUUAUCUCAAUUCGGUGCGGCAACAUUUGUAAUGAUCAUGACAUUAAGACUUGGCUUAUCAAUGAUACUUUCGUGUAUUAUUUUCUCGCAUGAAUUACACCCGAUUGCAAUAUUUGGUGUAGCUAUUGUUUUCUUUGGUUUAUUUUUAAAAAUGUUUUUACGUCACAAGAAACCUCUUCUAUUGGAAAAUUAUGGUCUACCUGGUAGUAAGUGAUGACUACCGAUACAUUUUUGUUUCCUGUACAAGUUAUUCCUCUUCAUUUCCGAAUAUUCAUAUCCUGUUUUAAAUUUUGUCAAAAAUUUCUUUAUAUUUGCAUACUUGUUGUAUUCUCUGUUUUAAAAAUCAGAAUUCUUUUGAUUUGUGUAAAUGCAUAUGGAUAUACCUGUGACGUAUAAAAUCUCUCAUUUUAGGUUCACAUCAAACAAGAAAUACAUUUGGUAUUGUAACAGUUAUUCUCUGUCUGUGAUAUUUUAGCUCACUACCAGAUUAAAGUUUAUGUUUUUUAUACAUAUCCGGAAAGAAAAGCGUGGCGUCAUUUUAUUAUAUAUUUUAUCGUAUUAUUUUCCCCUUUCUACAUAUUUUCAAGGCAAUUCUUUUAGGAAAUUAUACUUUGUAAUAUAGAUGGGUUAUUUCAAAUUUUGUAUGUCUUAGCUGAGAUGUGUACACAUAUUUUUUUUAAUCAUUGUGAUGCUCCUACAAUUUACUUUCAGAUUGUAAUACUACUCCUACAUUAAAAGCCAAUCAGCAAGAUUAA